AGCCGCGUUUCCACCGCAGGAACUUUACCCAGGAACUAGGGACUUGGUCCGGUACUUGGUGUGUUUCCACCGCAGGAACCAGGAACUAAAUAAAAGUUCCGGGUAAAAAAAUGCCCCCCAGAAAGUCCCUGCUUGCGAGGUGGUACUUUUUCAAAGUUCAGGAACUUUCGGGGGUGGGACUAGGCGCUGAACACGCUGAUUGGUCGGAUUCACGCCGCAUUUCAUUGGUCGACUCCAGGCAGCAGUAAGUUCCAUCCGCCAUUUUCAAACAUUUGUUGCGGUGCGAACAUUCAACAAUGGAAUCUAAUAAAAAAUACGAUCGUUGGACCGACGAGGAGGUGCAGGCUUUAUUAAGCGUAUUUUCAGAAGAGGACAUCCAGCGGGAACUGGAAACGGCGACCCGCAAUGAAAAGGUGUACUUGAGAAUGUCGAGUCGGCUAUGCGAGCUCGGGAUAGUGCACACAGGAAAACAAUGCCGAGAGAAGUUGAAAAAACUUAAGCAAGAUUAUAAGAAAAUAAAGGAUCACAACAACAGAAGUGGAUCCGACCGGCGAACCAACAAGUGGUUUGACCGCCUAGACGCGUUACUAGGACACAGACCAUCAUUUUCUGGUGCAGCGGUGACGUCGGACUCCGCUACUGCAUUGUUGGAAGCCAUGCCGGAAUCCGACGAACAGUGGGUUGAAGACGAAUCGAGUGGGCCGAGUGAAUUGCAGGCAACAGAGGUCAGCGUGUUUUCCCCUGCAAUCACCAGUAGCCCUCGUCUCAAUUGUCCCGCUGAAUCACACACACGCCAAGGCAAGAGGAAAAGGGAUAGUGACUUCCUUGAUGCAUUGCGAGAGAUGGAAGAUGCUAAUCGAGCCGUCCUGCAGCGUGGACAAGAACAGCGAGACGAGUACAUGAAGCUGUUACUCAAGAGCCAGGCUGAGGAGAGAGAGAUGAGGAGGCAAGAGUUGGCAUUCCUCCAGUCAGAAGCUAGAGAAAGCAGGCACCAACAGAGAGACUUUCAGGCUGGGUUUCUGUCUGUUCUUGGAGAGUUUGUACAGUCUUUCAAAAAGUAGCCACUUGACUGAACAGAUUCUCGUUUGCACUUUAAACCUUUGUCUUUG